AUGGGGAAAGUACAGAAGAAAAACAGUAAAGGGCGUUUAGAUAGAUACUAUUACCUUGCAAAAGAAAAGGGAUAUCGUGCUCGUUCUUCAUUCAAAAUCAUCCAAAUAAAUGAAAAAUUUGGUCACUUUUUAGAAAAGUCAAAAGUUGUCAUUGAUUUAUGUGCUGCACCGGGUUCGUGGUGUCAAGUUGCAUCGCAGCUAUGUCCUGUUAACUCGUUGAUUAUUGGUGUGGAUAUAGUCCCCAUCAAGCCUUUGCCAAAUUGUAUCACAUUCCAAAGUGAUAUCACCACAGAAGAUUGUAGGAGUAAGUUGCGUGGACAUAUGAAGACUUGGAAAGCCGAUACAGUACUACAUGACGGUGCUCCAAAUGUUGGUUUGGGAUGGGUUCAAGAUGCUUUUACGCAGUCGCAGUUGACCUUACAGGCCUUGAAGUUGGCAGUGGAGAAUUUGAUAGUGGGAGGAACGUUUGUCACCAAGAUUUUUAGAUCAAGAGAUUAUAAUAAUUUGAUGUGGGUAUUUCAGCAACUAUUUGACAAGGUCGAGGCUACAAAACCACCAAGUUCGAGAAAUGUAUCUGCGGAGAUUUUUGUUGUCUGUAGGGGUUUUAAAGCUCCAAAGAAGUUGGACCCUCGUCUUUUAGACCCUCGUGAAGUGUUUGAGGAGUUGAACGACAAGAAGAGUGUCAAUAAUGAGGAAAAAGUGUUUAAUCCGGAGAAAAAGAGAAGACAAAGGCAAGGUUAUGAAGAAGGAGACUACACUUUGUUCCACACUAUGCCAAUCAUGCAAUUCAUCAAAGAAGAUGAUCCUAUAAAUCAGUUGGGACAGCUCAAUAAGUUUGAUAUUGAUGAUAAUGACCAUGAAUGGAAAAUAGUGAAAAAGUUGAAGUCUUAUAGUGAAGAAUUGAGAGAAUGCUUUAAGGAUUUGAAGAUUCUUGGAAAGAAGGAGUUCAAACAUAUAUUGAGAUUCCGUAAACAAGCUAGGGACUUGCUAGGUGUUGAUAAAGAGGAGGAGAAACCAGAGAUUGAAGUGGAGGAACUUACCGAAGAGCAAAAGAUUGAUCAGGAAUUAAACCAAAUGUUGGAGAAGCAAAAACAAAAGACAAAGAGAGCCAAAAAGACGGCAAACGAGUUGAAGCAGAAGGAGAUUAUCAGAAAUCAAAUGCAAAUGGUUACCGAUAUGAAUAUCGGUAUAGAUGCCGCACAAAUUGGUGCAGAUUCAUUGUUUAAUUUGAAAACUGCCGAAAAAUCGGGUCAGUUAAGCAAACUUGCUGCUGGUAAAAAGGCUAUGGUUUUUUCAGAGGAAGAUCGUGCAAGGGAUACAGAGAUACAUUUCGAUGAACAGGAGGCAAACAGUGAAGACGAAAUUGAUGAAUUGGAAGCGCAAUUGGAUGACAUGUACGAACAAUAUCAAACCCGAAGAGCGGAAAGGGACGCAAAAUAUAAGGCAAAAUUGGCUAGAGGAGGCGAUGACGAAGCAUGGGAUGGUAUAGAGUCAGCCGACGAGGAGAAAGAUGAGGAGGAUUACGAAAUGGAAAGUCUGGACUCCGACGAGGAUGAUGAUGAACAUAUCAAGCUAAUUGCCGAGGGUAAACAAAGUGGGGAGCUCACCAAAACUGCUAGAAGUUUCUUUCAAUCUGAUUCAAUUUUUAAUGAGCUUGAUGACGAGGAUUUGAUUGAGGAAUCUAGGCCAAGAGCGGAAAAGAAGGCAACUGCUGCAAGCGUACCAACAAAUGGAAAAGCGGAUGUGCCGGCGGUAGACUUUGACUCUGAUUCUGAUUCCGAUUUUGAAAUUGUUCCUAAUACAGGAGACGAUGAAGAAGAAGAGGAAGAAGACAGUGACGAUGAAAUGUUGUCAAACAAGGAGAGGGUAGAUUUGACAACUGCGGAGGCAAUGACAUUAGCUCACAAAGUUGCACUCGGACAAAUGUCAAAGAAGGAUCUUAUCGAAGAGGGUAUUAACAGGUAUUCCUUCCGUGACAAGGAAAAUCUUCCUGAAUGGUUCCUUGACGAUGAACAAAAACAUUCAAAAUUAAUCAAACCAAUCUCCAAAGAAGCUAGUUUGGCAAUCAAGGAAAAGCUUAAGCAAUUGAAUGCUAGACCUAUUAAGAAAGUGUUGGAGGCCAAGGGUAGAAAGAAGAUGAGAGCAUUACGUCGUUUGGAAAAAUUAAAGAAAAAGUCUGACUUGAUCAACGAGGAUAGCUCUAAAUCUGAAUACGACAAGGCUGCAGAAAUCUCUAAAUUGAUGCAAAAGGCUAAAAACAGUGGAAAGGAUAAACGAAAGAAGAUGACCGUUGUCGUUGCUAGAGGCUCCAAUAGAGGUCUCAGUGGAAGGCCAAAGGGUGUUAAAGGUAAAUAUAAGAUGGUUGAUGGUGUUAUGAAGAAUGAGCAAAGGGCAUUAAAGAGAAUUUCAAAGAAGCAUAAGAAGUAA